AAUAAUAAUAAUAAUAAUAAUAAUAAUAAUAAUAAUAAUAAUAAUAAUAAUAAUAAUAAUAAUAAUAAUAACAAUAAUAAUAAUAAUAAUAAUAAUAAUAAUAAUAAUAAUAAUAAUAAUAAUAAUAAUAAUAAUAAUAAUAAUAAUAAUAACAGUAGUAGUAGUAGUAGUUGUAAUAAGAGUAGUAAUGUCAUGGAUAUUCACCACCACCACCACCGCCACCGCCACCGCCACCACCACCACCACCACCACCACUACCAGAAUAAUAAUGAUAAUAAUAAUAAUAAUAAUAAUAAUAAUAAUAAUAAUAAUAAUAAUAAUAAUAAUAAUAAUAAUAAUAAUAAUAAUAAUAAUAAUAAUAAUAAUAAUAAUAAUAAUAAUAAUAAUAAUAAUAAUAAUAAUAAUAAUAAUAAUAAUAAUAAUAAUAAUAAUAAUAAUAAUAAUAAUAAUAAU